AUGGCAAUGGUAUUCUCUGCCUCAACUUAUCAGUUUGCAUGGAGCCGUGCCUUGAAACAACAGCUCCAAACAAGACAUGUACUCAUAUAUGGUGAGGGAUUAUUGCCACGUCAUCAUGUUCCUAAGCCCUUGAACUUUCUCCCAAAUCUCAGUGUUAGUGCCAGCAAGAUGAAGAGGUACUCGAAUCAUAAUAUGUCUAAUAAGGUCAGGCCACAUUUUCUGAAAAGAAAUUUAGCCAUGAAUGGAAAGACAAAGAAAAGCAAAGAGGCAGAGAUUAUUGAGAGGAAGUUGACAUCUCUAAGACGGCUCUUACCGGGUGGGAAUGAGAUGGGUGAAGAAAAUGAAUUGUUGGCAGAAGUAGGAAGCUACAUUUCUUGUCUCCAGCUACAGGUGAACAUUCUUAGGUGUCUAGUGGAAACUGAUCAGUUGAUUGAUUAA